UCUUCCUUGUAGGAAUAGAUAAAUAAAUACUUCAUAAUGAACAAAGAUUCUAAUUUUAUUACUAAUGAAGAAGACCGCUUGUUUAAGCGAAUGGCCGAAGUAUUUAAGAAAGAAGAUGCGAAGCGCCUGGCAUUAAAGUGGAACGUUCAGGAUGCAUUGGAUCGCAUAAAACUGGUGGAGUAUAAUGUCUACGCAUCCGAAUACUGUAAAUGUGUAAGGGCACCAACAACUCUGUACGAGUGGAGUAUGGAGGAAUUUAACAACCUAAUGAAUGCAGAUGGGUUUUUAUUGAAUUUAUUACGUUUCGAAGAGCCAGAAGUGUUAGCCAAUGCGAAACUACUCGUCGACCUGCAAAAUUUGCAAACAUAUCUCAAUCAAAUGUGCACUGAAGAAGUUGAUCAAAUAAUUUUACAACUGAAUGGAUGCCAGAAAGUAAUCAAUAUUCUUGAAACUUUGCAAGAAGAGUACGCAGCAAAUAGCGUAAAGUCAAGAGAGAUAACACUAGGAAUGAGCCAACAGGAAUUGAAGAGCAAAAUGGAGUCCGUUAAACAUUUCUUAGGUGUUAGGCGAAAUUUGGAUUUAACACUUAAUCGCUUUAUGAUUGAAAAUCCGUUACAUUAUCGCACAUGUAAAAAUUACAUGGACGCACACCUUCCAUUUGUCGAAGAUAAAGCAAAGUUUGAUGAAAAUCAAGUACUUAAAGAAAUAGCUGAAUGGACAAACAACACAAGAGUGAUGGAAUACACAUAUCAAAAUACAUUGGAUUAUUACGAUGUUGAGAAUCAGCAUUAUAAGGAAAAGAUUCAAUACUGGAACCACAACUUUGAAAUGAGAGAUGAACAACUUAAUUUAACUAUUAACAAUUUAAAGGAUCAUCUACAGAAUUUAUAUGUGGCUUGGGAUGAUAUGCGUGAACAAGUUGAAUACUUUCGCGUCAACAUCCAAAGAAAACUCGAAGAAAUCGAUAAAAAUCAAUUUAAGACUCAAAAAAAAGCCAAGGGGCAAGCCAUCUCCAAAGCUAAAUCGAAGACGCGUAAAGGAGCUAAAAAUGUUAAACGCGUAGAAAAAUGA